CGCGCCAAGUUUGUCUCGGAGGCUGAGGAGUCCGCGAGCGGCGCCAUGGUGCUGAGGGACGGCGGACGGUGGCUCGUCGAACCGGGCGCGGACGCCGAGGCCAGCCGGGAUGAUGGCCCUUCUUCCUCAGUCUCGGCACUCAAGCGCCUGGAGCGGAGUCAGUGGAUGGACAAGAUGGACCUGCGAUUUGGCUUUGAGAGGCUAAAGGCACCUGAUGAGAAGACUGGCUGGCUCAUCAACAUGCACCCUACCGAGAUUUUAGAUGAAGAUAAACGCUUAGUCAGUGCUGUAGAUUACUACUUUAUUCAAGACGAUGGCAGCAGGUUUAAGGUGGCCUUGCCCUACAAGCCGUAUUUCUACAUUGCAACCAGAAAGGGUUGUGAGCGGGAAGUUUCAUCUUUUGUUUCCAAGAAGUUUCAGGGUAAAAUUGCAAAAGUAGAGACGGUCCCCAAGGAGGAUCUGGACUUGCCAAAUCACUUAGUGGGUCUGAAGCGAAGUUACAUCAAAUUGUCCUUCCACACUGUGGAGGAUCUUGUCAAGGUGAGGAAAGAGGUUUCUCCUGCUGUGAAGAAGAACCGGGAGCAAGACCAUGCCAGCGAUACAUACACAUCUAUGCUCUCCAGCGUUCUGCAAGGAGGCAGUGUAAUCGCUGAUGAAGAGGAAACCUCCAAGAAGAUAGCUGACCAACUGGACAACAUAGUAGACAUGCGGGAGUAUGACGUCCCCUACCACAUCCGCCUCUCCAUCGACCUCAAGAUUCAUGUGGCUCACUGGUACAAUGUCAGAUACCGAGGAAAUGCUUUUCCAGUAGAAAUCACCCGCCGAGAUGACCUCGUUGAACGACCUGACCCUGUGGUUUUGGCAUUUGACAUUGAGACAACCAAACUGCCCCUCAAAUUUCCUGAUGCAGAGACGGACCAGAUUAUGAUGAUUUCCUACAUGAUAGAUGGCCAGGGCUACCUCAUCACCAACAGGGAGAUUGUUUCAGAAGAUAUUGAGGACUUUGAGUUCACCCCCAAGCCAGAAUAUGAAGGACCCUUCUGUGUCUUCAAUGAACCAGAUGAGGUCCAUCUGAUCCAGAGAUGGUUUGAGCACAUCCAGGAGACCAAACCCACCAUCGUGGUGACCUACAAUGGAGACUUUUUUGACUGGCCGUUUGUGGAGGCCAGGGCAGCAGCCCAUGGCCUGAGCAUGUACCAGGAGAUAGGAUUCCAGAAAGACAGCCAGGGAGAGUACAAAGCACCACAGUGCAUCCACAUGGACUGCCUCAGGUGGGUGAAGAGGGACAGCUACCUCCCUGUGGGUAGUCAUAACCUCAAGGCAGCUGCCAAAGCCAAGCUUGGCUACGACCCUGUGGAGCUAGACCCAGAGGACAUGUGCCGGAUGGCCACUGAGCAGCCACAGGCUCUGGCCACAUACUCAGUGUCAGAUGCGGUUGCCACUUACUACUUGUACAUGAAGUAUGUCCACCCGUUCAUCUUUGCCUUGUGCACCAUCAUCCCCAUGGAGCCCGAUGAGGUGCUGCGGAAGGGCUCUGGCACACUGUGUGAGGCCUUGCUGAUGGUGCAGGCCUUCCACGCUAACAUCAUCUUCCCCAACAAGCAAGAGCAAGAGUUCAACAAGCUGACAGAUGACGGCCACGUGCUGGAUGCUGAGACCUACGUGGGGGGCCACGUGGAGGCACUGGAGUCCGGCGUAUUUCGCAGUGACAUCCCCUGCCGGUUUAGGAUGAAUCCGGCUGCCUUUGACUUCCUGCUGCAAAGGGUUGAGAAGACCAUGCGCCAUGCCAUUGAAGAGGAGGAGAAGGUACCGCUGGAGCAGGCCACCAACUUUCAAGAGGUGUGUGAGCAGAUUAAGACCAAGCUUACCUCCCUGAAAGAUGUUCCUAACCGAAUUGAGUGUCCUCUGAUCUACCACCUGGAUGUGGGGGCCAUGUACCCCAACAUCAUCCUGACGAACCGCCUGCAGCCCUCUGCCAUGGUAGAUGAGGCCACCUGUGCCGCCUGUGAUUUCAACAGGCCUGGGGCAAACUGCCAGAGGAAGAUGGCCUGGCAGUGGAGAGGCGAGUUCAUGCCAGCCAGCCGCAGCGAGUACCAUCGGAUCCAGCACCAGCUGGAAUCAGAGAAGUUUCCCCCACUGUUCCCAGAGGGGCCAGCCCGGGCCUUCCAUGAGCUGUCCCGAGAGGAGCAAGCCAAAUACGAGAAGCGAAGGCUAGCAGAUUACUGCCGCAAAGCUUACAAGAAGAUCCACGUCACCAAGGUGGAGGAGCGCCUCACCACUAUCUGCCAGCGGGAAAACUCCUUCUAUGUGGACACAGUGCGCGCCUUCCGAGACAGGCGGUACAAGUUCAAAGGGCUGCACAAGGUGUGGAAGAAGAAGCUCUCAGCGGCUGUGGAGGCAGGUGACGCAGCUGAGGUGAAGCGCUGCAAGAACAUGGAGGUCCUGUACGACUCGCUACAGCUGGCCCACAAGUGCAUCCUCAACUCUUUCUACGGCUACGUCAUGCGCAAGGGGGCUCGCUGGUACUCCAUGGAGAUGGCUGGCAUUGUCUGCUUCACUGGUGCCAACAUCAUCACCCAGGCGCGGGAGCUGAUUGAGCAGAUCGGGAGGCCCUUAGAACUGGACACGGAUGGAAUAUGGUGUGUGCUGCCAAAUAGCUUCCCAGAAAACUUUGUCAUUAAGACCACCAACUUGAAGAAGCCCAAGGUGACCGUGUCUUACCCUGGGGCCAUGUUGAACAUCAUGGUCAAGGAAGGCUUCACCAAUGACCAGUACCAGGAGCUGGCUGAGCCUUCUUCGCUCACCUAUGUCACCCGCUCGGAGAAUAGCAUCUUUUUCGAGGUUGAUGGACCCUACCUUGCCAUGAUCCUUCCAGCCUCCAAGGAAGAAGGCAAGAAACUGAAGAAGAGAUAUGCGGUGUUCAACGAAGAUGGUUCCCUGGCUGAGCUGAAGGGCUUUGAAGUCAAACGCCGUGGGGAGCUGCAGCUGAUUAAAAUCUUCCAGUCGUCUGUGUUCGAGGCCUUCCUCAAGGGCAGCACACUGGAGGAGGUGUAUAGCUCUGUAGCCAAGGUCGCCGACUACUGGCUGGACGUGCUGUAUAGCAAGGCAGCUGACAUGCCAGAUUCUGAGCUAUUUGAGCUGAUCUCUGAGAACCGCUCCAUGUCUCGGAAGUUAGAAGACUACGGGGAGCAGAAGUCCACAUCCAUCAGCACAGCAAAGCGCCUGGCUGAGUUCCUGGGUGACCAGAUGGUCAAGGAUGCAGGGCUGAGCUGCCGUUACAUCAUUUCCCGCAAGCCUGAGGGCUCUCCCGUCACCGAGAGGGCCAUCCCGCUUGCCAUUUUCCAAGCAGAGCCCACCGUAAGGAAGCACUUUCUCCGGAAAUGGCUUAAGAGCUCAUCCCUUCAGGACUUUGAUAUUCGAACAAUUCUGGAUUGGGACUACUACAUAGAACGCCUGGGGAGUGCUGUCCAGAAGAUCAUCACCAUCCCUGCGGCUCUGCAGCAGGUGAAGAACCCAGUGCCACGCGUCAAACACCCAGACUGGCUGCACAAAAAGCUGCUGGAGAAGAGUGACAUCUACAAGCAGAAGAAGAUCAGUGAGCUUUUCGUUCUUGAGGGCAAGAGACAGAUUGUGAUGGCCCAGGCCCCAGAAGGCAGCGCGAGGCCUGGUGCUCCUGACAUAGAGGACUUCGGCAUUUCAAAGCCACCCCACCCCAUGGUCCCUGUUGCCACAAAGAGGAAGCGAGUCCUCUGGGAGAGCCAGGAGGAGUCUCAGGACCUCAUGCUGAUUGUGCCCUGGCAGGAGAUCCUGGGGCAGCCUCCCACCCUUGGAACCACCCAGGAAGAGUGGCUGGUCUGGCUCCAGUUUCAUAAGAAGAAAUGGCAAUUGCAGGCCCGACAGCGCUUGGCCCAAAGGAAGAGGCAGCGUCUGGAGUCGGUAAAGGGUGCAUUGAGGCAUGCGGCCCUCAGAGAUGGGCCUGCCAUGGGGCUGGGCAGCUUCCUACAGAGAACAGCCCGCAGUGUUCUGGACCUUCCAUGGCAGAUUGUGCAGAUCAGUGAGACCAGCCAGACCGGCCUGUUCCGGCUGUGGGCCGUCAUCGGCAGUGACUUGCACUGCAUCAAGCUGAGCAUCCCCCGAGUGUUCUAUGUGAACCAACGGGUGGCCAGAGCAGAGGAGGGGGUUACCUGUCGCAAGGUGAAUCGGGUCCUUCCGCGCUCCAACCUGGUCUACAAUCUCUAUGAGUAUUCAGUGCCAGAGGCCAUGUACCAAGAACAUAUCAAUGAGAUCAACACCGAGCUGUCAGCGCCGGACAUUGAAGGCGUAUAUGAGACACAGGUCCCCUUAUUGUUCCGGGCCCUCGUCCAGCUGGGCUGUGUGUGUGUGGUCAACAAGCAGCUGGUACGGCACCUUUCAGGCUGGGAAACUGACACCUUUGCCCUCGAGCACCUGGAGAUGCGCUCCUUAGCCCAGUUCAGCUACCUGGAACCAGGGAGCAUCCGCCACAUCUACCUGUACCACCACUCACAGGGCCACAAGGCGCUCUUUGGCAUCUUUAUCCCUUCACAGCGCAGAGCAUCCGUAUUUGUGUUGGACACCGUGCGCAGCAAUCAGAUGCCCAACCUGGGCACCCUGUAUUCUGUGGAGCACAGCCUCCUGCUGGAGAAGGUGGGCCCUGAGCUCCUGCCGCCCCCCAAACACACCUUUGAGGUUCGCGCAGAAACUGACCUGAAGACCAUCUGCAGGGCCAUGCAGCGCUUCCUGCUUGCCUACAAGGAGGAUCGCCGGGGCCCCACCCUCAUCGCUGUACAGUCCAGCUGGGAGCUGCGCAGACUGGCCAGUGAGGUUCCCGUCCUAGAGGAGUUCCCACUGGUGCCCAUGCGUGUGGCUGACAAGAUCAGCUAUGGCAUCCUGGACUGGCAGCGCCAUGGAGCUCGCCGCAUGAUCCGGCACUACCUCAACCUGGACACCUGCCUGUCACAGGCCUUUGAGAUGAGCAGGUACUUCCACAUUCCCAUUGGGAACCUGCCCGAAGACAUCUCCACCUUUGGCUCUGACCUCUUCUUUGCCCGCCAUCUCCAGCGACACAACCACUUGCUCUGGCUGUCUCCUACGGCCCGGCCUGACCUGGGUGGGAAGGAGGCCGACGACAACCGCCUGGUCAUGGAGUUUGAUGACCGAGCCACAGUGGAGAUCAACAGUUCUGGCUGUUACUCCACAGUGUGUGUGGAGCUGGACCUUCAGAACCUGGCGGUCAACACCAUCCUCCAGUCCCAUCAUGUCAAUGACAUGGAGGGUGCCAGCAGCAUGGGCAUCAGCUUUGACGUGAUCCAGCAGGCCUCCCUGGAAGACAUGGUCACCGGCAACCAGGCCAGUGCCCCAGCCAGCUACGACGAGGCGGCCCUCUGCUCCAGCACCUUCAGGAUCUUGAAGAGCAUGGUCGUGGGCUGGGUGAAGGAGAUCAUGCAGUACCACAACAUCUACGCCGACAACCAGGUGAUGCACUUCUACCGGUGGCUCCGGUCACCCUGCUCUCUGCUCCACGACCCUGCCCUGCACCGCACACUGCACAACUUGAUGAAGAAGCUCUUUCUUCAGCUCAUCGCGGAGUUCAAACGCCUGGGCUCGUCAGUCAUCUAUGCCAACUUCAACCGCAUCAUCCUCUGUACAAAGAAGCGUAGGAUAGAGGACGCCAUUGCCUAUGUGGAGUACAUCACCAACAGCAUCCAUUCCAAAGAGAUCUUCCAUUCCCUGACCAUUACCUUCUCUCGAUGCUGGGAGUUCCUUCUCUGGAUGGAUCCGUCUAACUAUGGUGGAAUCAAAGGGAAAGUUCCCUCCAGUGUUCACUGUGGCCAGCAGGAUUCCCAGAAAAGAGAGGGAGCAGAGGAUGAACAGGAAGACGAGGAGGACCAGGAGGAGGAACCAGAGGAGGAGGAGCAGGGAGUGGAGGAAUCCGACGUGGAGGACUUACUGGAAAACAACUGGAACAUCUUGCAGUUUUUGCCGCAGGCAGCCUCCUGCCAAAGCUACUUCCUCAUGAUUGUGUCAGCGUACAUUGUGGCUGUGUACCACAGCAUGAAGGGUGAACUGAGGCACAGUGCCCCGGGCAGCACACCUGUGAAGAGGAGGGGACCCAGUCAGUUCUCCCAGGAGACCGAGGGGACAGCUGGAGCCCUUCCUGGAGUGAUCACCUUCUCCCAAGAUUACGUGGCCAAUGAGCUCACUCAGAACUUCUUCACCAUCACGCAGAAGAUUCAGAAGAAAGUCACAGGCUCCCGACACUCCACCAAGCCCUCUGAGAUGUUUCCUCUGCUGCCUGGCUCACACUUGCUGCUCAAUAACCCUGCUCUGGAGUUCAUCAAAUACGUGUGCAAGGUGCUUUCUCUGGAUACAAACAUCUCAAACCAGGUGAAUAAGCUGAACCGAGACUUGCUUCGCCUGGUGGAUGUGGGCGAGUUCUCUGAGGAGGCCCAGUUCAGAGACCCCUGCCGCUCCUAUGUCCUCCCAGAGGUGAUCUGCUGCAAUUGUAACUUCUGCCGUGACCUGGACCUGUGCAAAGACUCCUCCUUCUCCCAGGAUGGGGCUGUCCUGCCACAGUGGAUCUGCUCCAACUGUCAGGCUGCCUACGACUCAGCUACCAUUGAGGCCGCCCUGGUAGAAGCCCUGCAGAGGAAGCUGAUGGCCUUCACGCUGCAGGACCUGGUCUGCCAGAAGUGUGGUGGCGUGAAGGAGACCCACAUGCCUGUAUACUGCAGCUGUGCAGGGGACUUUGCCCUCACCAUCCACACCCAGAUCUUCAUGGACCAGAUCAGCAUCUUCCAGAACAUUGCCCAGCACUAUGACAUGUCAUACCUCAUGGAGACCCUGGAGUGGCUGCUGCAGAAGGGCCCUCAGGUGGGCCCUUAGUGAGCGCACCGGGUACCACGUCUCCCAGCUCUCCACACUCCCAAGGACAGGAUGACCAGGGAGGGCCCCGAACGGGCAGCAGCAGAAGUGGCCUGGCCCUGGUGGUGGCCUGAGCAGGUCCUCCACUGAGAAGGCCUCGGGGUCCUGAGGGUCAUUUUCCAUGGAAUGAACCUGUUCGGAGGGCUCCUGCACCAGCUAGGUGGGGUGGGAAAGCCCCCUGAGACACACACCUAAUCCAGCUGUUCCUCUGCCCCUGAGGCUGCUGACCACCCGCAGGGCAGGGCUGAGGGGGGUGGAGAUUGGGCACUGGGCAGAGGUACACACAAGAUGAGGAGGGUUCCCAGGCUGGAGCCUCCCGUGUUCUGUGGAGAGGCGCCCCCUGCAGCCUGUGGGAGUGGGAUCUGAGCUGGUUUCUGGGGAUCCCAGACCUUACCCUGUAGAACUGGGAUGCUUACUCCUUACAGACUUCCCGUUCAGAACAGGCAGGAGGGGGUGUCCGUGUCAUCACUGUCCCAGCACUGCAGAGGCCCCUACCUCUUUCUCCUGAGACGAUGGCAGGGGCAGCUGACCCCAGCUCACCCAUGUUCCUCUUUCAUGUCAAGGCACAGGCUAGUGUAGCAAGGCAGGGCCUCCUAGGAAAGCAGAGACCCCACAGGCUCCCAGGAGGCUCAGGUCACCUUGUCCUUGCUAUCUGAUAUCACUCGCUGUACUUCUCACUUAAAUCUUACACUUCUACCUUUCUUUA